CAUGCAUAGGUAUCGAUAAAUUUCCAGGACGACCGACCAGUGCAACAAAAAUAUUGUUAAUAAACAAUGAGAGGUUGUUUGUUAUGUCUAGAAAUUAGACAAGAUUUAAUUGCUACUAUUCAAGUAGAUUCGACAAAAUGGCAAGAGUUAAAUGUUCAAAAUUUAAUUGAAAAACAUUUUUGGCCGAUGGAUGCCAUACAAACAUCCGGUUCUUGGCUUUGUACUGGCUGCUGGCAAGAAUUAAGUGAUUUUCACAAAUUUUACUUACGCGUAGAAGAAGCCCAUUCGGAGCUGGGAUCGUCGUUAAAGAAUGUAGAAUCGGUGUGCCUAAAAAUUGAUGAAACACAAAAUGAAGAUUUCAAACCACCCAUUGAAAACGUAACAUUCAAUGAAUCACAUUUUGAACCAGAGAUUUCGCUAAAAGAAUCUCUUCAGAAUGAGAACUUUGUUGAGGAAGAGGAUGUUGUUAUAAAAGAAGAACAUAGUGAAGAUUCAUUGGUUGAGGAAUCAGUACCAUUAACAAGAAAUAAAAAAGCUCGGCAUUUUAAAAAAACCGUUGAUGAGAAUAAUACGGUUGCUGAAGAUCCCUUAAGUAAAAAGAUACAGAGUAGAAAGAGCUCCCCAAGAAAAACGAGAAUCACAAAGGCAAAAGAAUUAAAAAAAACCUCGGAAAAAUCUGAUACAAAAUCAAUAAAAGCUCCAGAAAACUCAGAAUCAAAUACAAUAAAAGAUGAUCCGGAUUUAAUGGAAUUAAAUGAAGAUGAACCGAAUAAUGAUGACAGCGAUACUGACUCUAAUUAUGAGCCUGAAAAAGAUACAACUGACCACAGUGAAAAAAAAUCGAAUAGCAAAUCUUGUAAAAGCACAAAUCAUGAAAAUGACAAAUUCUUAACAGAAAAUUUUAAAAUUACCUGCAGUUUAUGUCAAACUCAAACGGAAACAUUUCAUGCACUUUGCAAGCACUUUAAAAUAGAGCAUAAGCAAAUUGGUUUUGUAAUCUGUUGUAAGAAGAAAUUUUAUAGACGCAGUCUCCUUGUCGAUCAUGUACACCAGCAUGUAAAUCCAAAUUAUUUCAAAUGUACAAUUUGCGAUAAAGUUAUGGCCGAUCGCAAAUGUUUGAACAUGCACAACAAAACACAUAACGAUAAGAAAGAAAAGGUCCAUCCAUGUGAUAUUUGUAAUAAGAAAUUUAGUAUGAAUAUGUCGUUAAAACUGCAUAAAAUGUCUCAUUUGUCGGAAGAUGAAAAGCACGUACCCUGCACAGAAUGUGGCAAGAAAUUUGCUAGUAAAUCGCUUCUUUCCAAUCACGUACGAUCUGUUCACCUAAAGAAAUAUAUAAACAUCUGCGAUAUAUGCGGCAGAUCCAUACGAUGCAAGGAAGUCUUCGAACGCCAUAUGUUGCAACAUGAAGGAAAACCAUUGCCCACAGUAAGUUGUGAUGUGUGUGGUUUACUGUUGGCCAACAAACAUAGUUUGAAGCAGCACAAGCUUAUGGUACAUCCUGAAGGAGGAAAAAAGGAGUUCACGUGUCCUGUUUGUGCAAAAAUAUCACCAAAUUUAAAGGCUCACAAGAAACACAUACAAUAUAAUCACGAAUGGGGUUACGAUCACAAAUGUACAAUGUGCGAAAAAGCUUUUAAGACGGCGCAUACUUUGACGGAACACAUGGCUUCUCAUACCGGAACGGUAUUAUAUACCUGCCCUUGGUGUCCAAAAACAUUCAACUCAAAUGCAAAUUUCCAUAGUCAUCGUAAAAAAAGUCAUCGAAAAGAGUGGGAAGAGGCAACUCGUAAAAAAUAUUCUGGCAAUUUACCACCCAAUUACAAUCCACCACCAUCAAAUAAUACUAACGAUUGUGAACUACCUCUGUACAUGCAGCUUUUACACAUAUUUUUAAGUUCUAUGUUUGAUAUUGCACGAAAUUUAACAUUUAUCACAGUUUUAAUAGAAAUUUACAAUUGGGCUAUGGAAGGUUGUAUUCUAUGUCUAGACCUAAACAAGGAACUUGCUGAAAGCAUAGCCAUAAAUUCAAAUGAAAAGUCCGAUUUGAAUAUCAAAAACAUGAUUGAAAAACAUUUAUGGUCCAUGAACCAUAUAGAGAACUCCUCGUGGCUAUGUGCCACUUGCUGGAGAGAACUAUACGAAUUUCACAAAUUUUAUACACGCAUAGAAGAGGCUCAUAUAGAUUUUGGUUUAAUGAUGAAUAAUGGUUCAAUGGAUGAAAAGGAAAUUUUGCACAUGGAGACUACAGUAGAAAUAGGAAACAAAUUUGAGGAAAAUACAGUCGAUGCAUUAAAAGACUUUUUGAUUGAGUAUGAUUUAAGUGACAAUCAUUUGGGAGAUGAUAUUGAGGAACAAAAAUCAUUAAUAAAAAAUGAAUUGAACGUAGAAGAAAUUGACGAUGAUAUGCCCUUACUGCAAAGACGUAAACGAGGACGACCCCGUAAAGAUACCUGUAAUGGUACUAGAGUACCUGAGGUUCUUUUAACCAAAACAAAAAAGAACAGGCAACGGAAAGUCAAAGAUGUCUGUAAUGAUGUAAAUGGCUCUCCGUUAAAUAAAAAAUGCAAGCGAAAAAAAACCAAUGCAACAUUAAUAGAAGACAUUAAAACCAUCCCUACCUCAGAAAUCAAACAAGAAGAUAAUGUGGUAUCUCUGCCGAAUGAUCCCAGUAUUUCGUUGGACAACAAAGAUAAUAAUACAGAUACUAAUGAUGAAAGUGACCGCGAUUCCUUGGUGCAUAAUGACAAUGCAAGAAGUCCUAGCCCUUACGUACCAAAAACAAAUCGCAAUGAAAGAGAUAAAUUCCUAGAGGAAAAUUUUAAUAUUACUUGUUUCGUGUGCAAUAUCCCUCUGAAAACAUUCUUUGCUAUGUGUAAACAUUUUGAACAACAUCACGAUGAACGUGGUCAUAUAAAGUGUUGCAAUAAAAAAUUUUAUAGACGCAGUAUUUUAGUCGAUCACGUACAUCGUCAUUUGGAUCCAAACUACUUCAAAUGCAAGCAAUGCGGUAAAGUUUUGGCUGAUAGACGUUGUCUGGAGUUGCAUGUUGAAUCUCACGAAAGUAAUCCAGAAAAGAACCAUUGUUGUGAUGUUUGCGGAAAAGGAUUUGCAAAAUUAGGUGUUCUAAAAAAGCAUAGAAUGAUACAUUUGUCUGAUGAAGAAAAACAAUUUCCGUGUUCCGAAUGUGGAAAAAAUUUCGGCACCAAUUAUUUGCGCUCCAGUCAUUAUCGUUCCGUUCACCUUAAAAAGUAUGUUAAAAUCUGUGAUAUUUGCGGUAAAGGUAUACGUUGUAAAGAUGUAUUUGAACGUCAUAUGUUACAACAUGAAGGUAAAACUGCUCCCUCUGUAAGCUGUGACGUUUGUGGUCUACGUUUAACUGAUAAUAAAGCCUUAAAACGUCAUAAAGACAUGAUCCAUCCUGCGGGUGGAAAACAGGAAUACACUUGUUCAAUAUGUUCGAAAACAUCACCCAAUCUAAAGGCUCACAAGAGGCAUGUGCAGUACAAACACAUAAUGGGCUACGAUCACAAGUGUACUAUAUGUGAAAAGGCUUUUAAACGAGCACAAACUUUAAGGGAACAUAUGGCCUCACACACUGGUUCGAUUUUGUAUACAUGUCCCUGGUGUCCUAAAACAUUUAAUUCAAAUGCCAAUAUGCAUAAUCACCGCAAGAGAGUACAUCCUAAGGAAUGGGAAGAAACAUCGCGACAAAGAUAUUCUGGCAAAUUGCCACCCAACUACAAACCUCCAACAUUAACACAGCCUUCUGAUUUCGCAGUUGCAAUGGAUAUUUAAUAAACAUGAAUACAAUUUUAACAUUUAUCAGUUAUUCUUAAACUUGAAAAUUAAUUUGAAAUUUCUCAUAUCGACAAUUACGGCUAUUCGCAGACCGUAUUAAGCACACAUGUCAAAUUUUUCCUAAUACAUUUAAUUCAAACGCAAAUUGCAUAAUCACAGAGAGUAAAUCCUAAGGAAUAGGAGAAACGGGAAAAAUAUUCAUUUCAUUUAUAUUACUUAAUCGAGCCCGAAAGCCCUGUAUAUAUGUUUAAUACAGUAUACAUUGUAAUGUUCGUGUAAAUAUAAAGCAAUUAAAAAUAUAAUACUAAUAUAAUAAAUCGUAUUUAAGAUGAAAAAAA